GCAGCUGGAAUAAUAGCCUUGCUGGAUGAGCGUGAUCCAGAAGUUAAACUGUUUGCAUUAGGAAGAUUGAAUGAAGUGGUUGAUAUAUUUUGGCAUGAAAUCUCUGAAUAUGUCACCAAAAUAGAAGUGAUCUAUGAGGAUUCAGCAUUUAAACAUCGAGAUUUAGCUGCACUUGUUGCUUCAAAGGUGUAUUAUCAUUUGGGAGCGUUUGAUGAAUCAGUCUCAUAUGCAUUAUGUGCUGGUAAGAAGUUCAAUGUCCAUGACUCAACAGAGUAUGUGGAAACCAUUGUUGAGAAGUGCAUCGACCUGUACAUCAAACAGAGGGUGCAGGACGCUGAAAGUACAGCUUUGACGUCAGCGAAGAUGAUUGACAACAAUUUGGUCGGGGUGGUCGAUCAGAUGUUCAAGAGGUGCUUUGAUGACAAACAGUACAAACAAGCUGUGGGUAUUGCACUAGAGUGUAGGAGGAUGGACAUAUUUGAGAAGGCCAUACUGGAGUCUGAUGAUGUUGCUGGCAUGCUGUUGUACACCUUCAAAGUAAGCCUCUCGCUUAUUCAGAGCAGACGAUUUCGAGACAUUGUACUGAAUUCCUUGGUGAACCUCUAUAAGAAUCUUACAGUCCCCGAUUACAUCAGUGUUUGUCAGUGCUUGAUAUUUUUGGACCAACCAAUGGAGGUUGCCACCAUUCUAGAAAAGCUGAUUCAAAAAAAUGAGGAAUCUGCAGUCAUGGCCUACCAGAUUGGCUUUGACUUGUACGAGAGUGCCACCCAGCAGUUCUUGCAACGAGUUCAAGGUGCCCUUAGACUUACCUCUGCCGGACUUGCUGUAUCUGCUGCUGCUGCUGUUGCAGUGCCAUCCAGUACUGCUGCUACUACAACAGCUACUUCUACGUCAGCAAAUGCUUCUGCCAGUGCGGUAACUGCUUCUGCUACUCUUAGUAAUUUAUCUUGCGAGUGCGACAAGGCCGUGAAGGAACGCAUGACAAAGUUGCUCUCUAUCUUGAACGGGGAUGUCACAAUCUCCUUACAUCUGCAGUUUCUUAUCAAGACGAACAAAACCGACGGUCUUGUACUCAAAAAUACCAAGGAUGUCAUAAGAAACUCCAUCUGCCACAAUGCCACAGUGAUUGCCAACUCGUUCAUGCACUGUGGUACAACGUGUGAUCAGUUUUUAAGGGACAACUUGGAUUGGUUGGGUAGAGCCACGAACUGGGCAAAGUUCACUGCCACGGCGAGUCUCGGCACCAUACAUAAGGGUCAUGAGAAGGAGGCCCUUCGUCUCAUGUCUACCUACCUCCCAAAAGAUUCUGGCCCCGGAUCAGCCUACUCUGAAGGGGGUGGUCUCUAUGCUCUCGGUUUGAUUCAUGCCAAUCAUGGAGGUGAAAUUACAGAGUACCUACUCAACCAAUCCAAAGAAGCAGUUACUGAUGCCAUACGACAUGGGGCCUGUUUGGGUCUUGGACUUGCAGCUAUGGGAACAUCACGAGAUGACAUCUACGAACAACUCAAACUCAAUCUUUUCCAAGAUGAUGCUGUUACAGGUGAAGCAGCAGGAAUAGCAAUGGGUCUGGUGAUGUUGGGCACGGGUUCCACGAACGCUGCAUCUGACAUGAUAACAUACGCACGUGACACGCAACACGAGAAGAUCAUGAGAGGACUUGCGAUCGGCAUUGCACUGCUGCAGUACGGCAGAUUAGAGGAUGCCGAUGGCUGGAUACAGGAACUAUCCUCUGAUAAGGAUUCAAUCCUGAGGUGGUGUGCUGCUUACUGCAUAGCGAUGGCUUACUGCGGUACAGGCAACAAUGGUGCCGUCAAACAGUUGUUGCACAUGGCAGUCAGUGACGUCAGUGAUGAUGUGCGCAGAGCUGCUGUUACGUCAUUAGGAUUUUUGCUGUUCAGGGUACCUGAGCAGUGUCCUGGUAUUGUAUCUUUGUUGUCUGAGAGUUUCAAUCCCCAUGUCAGAUAUGGCUCAGCAAUGGCUCUGGGUGUGGCAUGUGCAGGCACUGGUCUGAAAGAAGCUCUUGUACUCCUUGAACCUCUGACGAACGACCCGGUGAACUACGUAAGGCAGGGAGCUCUCAUUGCUUCUGCUCUCAUCCUCAUACAACAUAACGACAAUACUUGUCCAAAAGUUUCACAUUAUAGGCAGUUGUAUGCUAAGGUCAUAUCAGACAAGCAUGAAGAUGUGAUGGCCAAGUUUGGUGCCAUCCUGGCUCAAGGAAUAAUUGAUGCAGGCGGUCGCAACACAACAAUCAACCUGCAGAGUCGAACGGGCCACACAAACAUGGUAGCUGUCAUCGGCCUCCUCAUCUUCCUGCAGUUCUGGUACUGGUACCCGUUGACGCAUUUUCUAUCGUUAGCCCUGACAUCUACGGCUCUCAUUGGACUGAAUGCUGAUUUGAAUAUGCCAGUCUUGGAUUUUAAAUCCAAUGCUAAACCAUCCAUUUUUGCAUACCCACCUAAUCUUGAGGAAAAAAAAGACAAGAACAAGGAGAAAGUGGAGACAGCUGUGUUGAGCAUAACUGCAAAGCAGCAGAAAAGGAAAGGCACUGCUGGUGAUAAGAAGAAAGAGGAAAAAAUGGAAGUUGGGGCCAAGAAAGAAGAUGAAACAUCAACCAAGAAGAAAGAGGCUGAGCCAAAUUUUGAGAUGCUGGCCAACCCUGCUAGAAUCAUGAAGGCUCAACUCAAAGUCUUAUCGAUGCCAGCAGGCUCUCGUUAUAUUCCUUUAAAAGAUGUAUCAGUUGGCGGCAUUAUAAUGCUAAAAAAUGCACGACCACAAGAACCUGAAGUCAUUAUUGAAUUAGUAGAAACUGGAGGUCCGAAGCCGGAAGAUGAGGUUGAACCCGAACCAUUUGAACCUUUUGAGUGGAACGAAGAUUGA